AUGGCUCUCUAUUACUUUUUCCUUUAUACCCUCUUCUCCUUGUCAUUGUCUUUUUGUGGAACAUCCGCCGUGAACUACCAAGCAAUUAACGAUGCUUCAGAUACUCCCGGCGGCAUCCGUUUCACUAAUGAAAUCGGAAUUCCAUACACAAAGCAAAUAAUGAGAAGCAUCAACAACUACGUAUGGACCACCAUCUUCGAACAAAGCGAUCCUGCUGACCGAAAGCAUGUGUCCACUAUGACCGUUUACAUCCAAGAGUACAAAGGAGCCGAAGCUAUCGCUUGGGGUGAUAAUAUUAAUGUUAGUUCUGUUUAUCUACAAGGGUAUCAAGGGGACGUGAAAUGGGAAUACACGUCCCUUUUGCACCAUGAAAUUACCCACGUUUUUCAAUGGGAUGGUGAGGGUCAAGCUCCAGUAGGCUUGGUAGAAGGGGUGGCGGACUAUACGAAAUUAAAAGCGAAUUAUGCCCAAGUUGGUUUUGCAGAACCGGGAUCUGGGGAUACAUGGGACCAGGGAUAUGAUUUCACGGCCCGUUUUCUCGAAUAUUGUGAUGGGAUUGUCCCAGGGUUCGUCGCAAAGCUUAACAAGAUGAUGAGGUUUUCUUUUGACGUCAAGUAUUUUGAAGACUUGACAGGAAAGCCCGUGGAUCAGCUAUGGCAGGAAUACAAGGCUCACUAUGGGAAUGUAGUAUGA